AUUAUAAUACUGUACAAAGACCACGUUUUCACACUAGGAUUUUUCGUGUUCAUUCACCAUAAAUUUCCUCAUCUUCCCUUUAUAUGUUCAUCCUAGUUGUAGUUUACAUAAAAACCUGAAACCCAUAAUUGUGUUGAAAUUUAGAGAUAGAGAUACAGAGAGAAAAAUGGAGAAAGCCAUUAACAGACAGAGAAUUCUGCUGGAACACUUACAACCCACUCCUUUUCAUCAACAGACCUCUCAAUCUACUCUUUCUCGUUCAAUAUGUUUGGCUGGAGAUAGUGCUGCAUAUCAUAGAACAGCUUCUUUUGGAGAUGAUGUUGUCAUUGUCGCUGCAUAUAGAACUGCUAUUUGCAAAUCAAAACGCGGGGGUUUCAAGGAUACUCUUCCAGACGAUUUACUUGCUACUGUACUAAAGGCAUUGGUAGAGCGAACAAAUCUAAAUCCAGCCGAAGUGGGAGAUAUAAUUGUUGGAACAGUUUUGGCUCCAGGUUCACAGAGAGCAAUUGAGUGCAGAAUGGCUGCAUUAUAUGCUGGUUUUCCUGAUACUGUGCCCAUCAGAACGGUCAACAGACAAUGCUCAUCUGGCCUCCAGGCUGUUGCUGAUGUAGCUGCCUUCAUAAAAGCCGGAUUCUAUGAUAUUGGCAUUGGGGCUGGACUGGAGGUGAUGACAGUUGAUAAUAUCGAAAGGAUUCAAAAAGUUAACCCAAGAGUAAACAGUUUUGCUCAAGCUCGUGACUGUCUGCUUCCGAUGGGCAUUACUUCUGAAAACGUGGCAGAACGUUUUGGUGUGACUCGACAAGAACAAGACCAGGCUGCUGUAAUGUCUCAUAAGCGUGCUGCAGCAGCAACUGCAUCUGGAAAAUUCAAAGAUGAAAUUAUUCCUGUUUCUACUAAGAUUGUGGACCCUAGAACUGGAGAGGAGAAGCCUGUUAUUAUAUCUGUGGAUGAUGGCAUUCGACCAAACACAAAUCUGACAGAUCUGGCAAAGUUGAAGCCUGCAUUCAAUAAGAAUGGGAGCACAACUGCUGGGAAUGCUAGUCAGGUGAGCGAUGGUGCUGGAGCAGUUCUUCUCAUGAAGAGAAGUCUGGCUAUGAAGAAGGGACUUCCAAUUCUUGGCGUAUUCAGGAGUUUUUCUGCAGUGGGAGUAGAUCCUGCAGUCAUGGGAGUUGGCCCAGCUGUUGCAAUUCCAGCUGCAGUGAAGUCCGCGGGUCUUGAACUCGAUGACAUUGACUUGUUUGAGAUAAAUGAGGCAUUUGCUUCCCAGUUUGUGUAUUGCUGUAAAAAAUUAAACCUCGAUUCUGAAAAAGUUAACGUAAAUGGUGGAGCAAUUGCCCUUGGCCACCCCUUAGGGGCUACAGGAGCCCGUUGUGUGGCAACUUUACUGAAUGAGAUGAAGCGCCGUGGCAAGGAUUGUCGAUUUGGCGUGAUAUCCAUGUGCAUAGGAUCGGGUAUGGGUGCAGCCGCGGUUUUGGAAAGAGGGGAUUGUGUGGAUGAUCUGUGCAAUGUGAGCAUGGUUACUACAAACAAUUAGUUGUCGAAGGAUGCUAUGUCGGCACGUUUAUUUAUCAAAUGAUAAUCAAUGGGUGAAUCAUUAUUGGAGAUAAUUUGGGGCAAACAAAAUAAGGUGUAAUUUAUAGUGCUAAACUGAUUCCAGAUCAUUACGGUCCAUCAUUUUCCUGUCAAAUGGGAUUUUUCUUUAACAGCAAAAGCAAUACAUAUAUUGGGUUUCUCUUGA